AUGUCUCCGCCAGCAGGAGCUCGUCUCGCGUACGUGAUUCUCUACGUGGAAGACAUCGACGCAGCAGUGAAAUUCUACAAGGACGUGUUCAUGUUCGAUGUGAGGCGCGUGGACAACAGCAGAAGAUGGGCUGAAUUAGAGUCUGGGUCAACAACGCUUGCGUUUACCCCGCUGGAGCAAAGGGAGACGAAGAUCACAGGUGGUGUGCAUGCUCCUGAGGAGGAGGAGCAGCGACAGAACGCCGAAUGUGAGGCAGCCAGCAGAGCAGCACCGAUUCCCGACCCAUCCUUCGACAGCUUCAUGCUCACAAACCCCGCCACCUCCUCGCCAAGCAGCUUCACGCCUCUUAGUCUACACAAGAUCACCCACAUGGUCGAACACCCCUCCUUGCACCACCCCCCCUGCCCUUCCCUCCCCGCAUCACUCCUUGUAAGCGGAAUGCGAAGCGGCCAGCAGAGCAGCGCCAAUCCCUGA